AUGUUCUUUAAGCGUGCGUUAGUCGCGCUGUUUGCGGCCUGGACUAUCUCUGUUGCUGCAAACCCUGUCGCGGAUCCCCUUCCAGAUGACAUCUAUCUCCCCGAUCUUCGUCUGUCCCCUCGCGAGGUUCAAGAUUUAAAGGACAACCAAAAGUUUCCUCCAGGCUACGUUCACAAGAUGGUGACCUUCGGAACUGGCGAAGACACCACUACUGUUCCCAUCGUUGAAGCCGACCCCGAUAUGCUUCUCGAUGACGAAAAGGGAAUGAAAGCGCGUUCCUUGGCACCACGAGGUUCUUGCUUCAGUUUCCCUAUGCCUUCAUCCGGGUGCAUGAUCGACUACUGCUGGAUUGAUAGCGGAGGGCAUACCUACUCAGCAGCAAUCACCAUCAGGGGCAGUAACGGGCAAUCCAAUCCCUCAUCUGUAACAAGCAAUGAUCCGGCCAAUCUUUCGCUCAACAAUGUAUUCAACGAUGGUUACAAUGAUCGCAUCUCAUGCGGUGAGAACAUCGCUUACACCAUAGGAAACGUCGUCCGUGAUUGGUGUGUUGAUAGUAAGCUAGGGGUUUCGAUCUGCGAUAAUGUGGCCAGUAAUGAUAUUUGCUUGCGAAACCUCUACACAACUCUCGAUGCCUCGAUAACUGCAGCGGACACGGAGGCACAAAGGCUGCGAUGUUUCGGUCAUAUUCUAAAUCUCGUUGCCCAAACCUUCCUCUACGGCGAUGAUAUAGCUUCUUUCAAACUCCAGUCUGAGGCCUAUGAUAUGUUAGAGCGGGUUGAAGAAAACCUCGAACCCUGGCGAGCCAAGGGUUUAGUUAGGAAGCUUUACAAUAGCGUUAAGUUCAUCCGACCGUCUCCGCAAUGCACCGAAGCUUUCAAAGCAUAUGCAAGGGAGCAGGAGGAGAUAGACACAUAUAAGCUUACAGAGGAAUCAACUGCAGAGAUUGAAGUCAUACAGAACAACGCUACGAGAUGGUACUCGACUUAUAUGGUGAUUGAGCGUGCCUUAGUCCAGUAG